CAGACUCUUGAGCAGUGCAGCAACCACUCAGCCUGUCAGACCAACACACACGAUCCCACUCAAACGCGCUCGCUGGGUUCUGAGGUCGGGCUUUCUCCGCAGCAGAGCAGCAGGUUUGAAAUGUAACCCACCGACGUCGAGGGUGGGUUUUUGUUUGUUUGUUUGUUUGUUUCCAGAUUUCUGCCACAUUCGCGCCGAAUGUUCCGCCUCUCAAAGCGAGCGGCUGCCACAAAGCACAGCAGGGGAUCUCUGGAAGCUGAAUGCCACAACACCGGACGCCUCGGAUGUGUUCUUCUUCCAGAGUAACGGCAUUUGAAGGAUUGUGAAGAUGGCGACUGGAUCGGGCUGGCAGCAAUACUACAGCCCCGCUGGCAAUGCAUCCUCGGGAGCGGGGAAAUACAGUACAUCAACAUCGACGAUGUCCUUCCAGUCCGGCGUAACCCUGGAGUACACCCAAGACCUUCAUCUCAAGAUGAGCAAGAAAAUCGCGCAACUCACAAAGGUGAUCUACGCGCUCAACACGAAGAACGACGAGCACGAGGCGGCCAUCCAGACCCUGAAGGAGGCGCACGAGGAGGAGGUGCAGCAGAUCCUGUCGGAGACGCGAGAGAAGAUCAUGCAGUACAAGGGCAGGAUCAGCGAGGAGCUGGACCUCCGCCGGCGCAUCCAGGCGCUGGAGGAGUCCAUGGAGGCGCACGAGCGCAUGAAGCGGCAGGCGCUGGCCGAGUUCGAGGCGUACCGCCAGCGCAUGGAGGACGUGCAGCUGUGCGCCGAGGCACAGCACACGCAGCGCGUGGUCUCCAUGUCACGCGAGGUGGAGGACAUGCGGCGCUCCUUCGAGGAGAAGAUGCGCGCCUUUGCCCAGGUCCAGACGCAGUUCGAGCAGGAGAAGCGGCAGGCCCUAGAGGAGCUCCGCACGGCUCACCGCCAGGAGGUCCAGGAGCUGCUGCGCUCGCACCAGAGCCAGAACGCUAGCUUCAGCAAAGACCAGGAGAAGCUGGGCCAGCUGCACAAGCAGGAGGUGGAGGCCCUGACGGAGCGGGUGGAGGAGCUGAAGCAGGACAAGAAGCGGCUGGUGGAGGAGUACGAGGCCAAGCUGAGCAAGGCGCAGGCCUUCUACGAGCGCGAGCUGGAGGCCAUGAAGCGUACGCAGCAGAUGACCGCCGACAACCUGCUGGCGUGGAAGAAGACGGAGGCCGAGCUGCGCAACGAAUUCCAGGCGCAGGAGUCGGCGCUGCAGAAGACCCUGGGCAAGCUGCGCUCCGAGCUGCAGAGGGUCCAGGACGAGGCGCGCGACAGCAGAGAGAAGUCCCACAAACUGCAAGCCUCGCUUGCCGCCGCAGAGAACAAUAUCAAGGAGCUGCACAAACAGCUGGACGAGGUGACUCAGGACGCGGAGAUCAUAGCGAUCAGGCAGAAGGAAGCGGAGUGUGAGCUGGAGGCCACGCGGGACCGAGUUCAGCAGCAGGCCACCGAGAUCCUGCUCAAAGCCAGUCAGAUCGGCAGCCUGCAGGCCACACAGAUGACCCACGAGGCGGCCAUCCGGGACCUGGAGUCGGAGAAGUCCCGUCUGAAGGACAAGGUGCUGAGGCUGGAGGAGGAGCGGGGAGCCAUACAGACCAAGAGCCAGACCCUGGAGGAGAGGCAGCGGCAGCAGAUCCUGCUGUUGGAGAAGAGCCUUCGGGAGGAGAAGCAGGUGUACGAGAAGGAGGUACUGAGUCUGCGGACCCAGCACGAGGAGGACGCAGCGCACUUCAGGGAGGCGCAGGGCCGCACCCUCGAAGAGCUCUCCAAAAAGCACCGGGCCACCCUGGAGAGCACACAGAGCACCGCCGAGAAGGAGAAACACCGGCUCCUGGCUGAGCUGGAACAGCAGUUCGAGAAGGAGCGCCGCGCGUUGGAGGAGCAGAAGUGCUGCUUGCAUGAGGAGCUGGACAGCCUCCGAGAGGAGCUUACAGCCAAGCUCAACGUGGCCAACAGCGAGGUGAGUCGUCUACAGGAGAUGCUGAAACAGGGAGAGCAGGGUCUAAGCUCUGCUAAGGGACACAUCUCCAGCCUGAAGGAGGCCCAGGAGAAGCUUCUAGAAGAACUAGAUGCCACCCGGGCCAGACUGAGAGAGACAACCAAUCUCCUCACAGCCCUACAGGGAGAGAUGGAGGCCCAGACGCAGCAGCACGAAGCCAAGCUCAUCUCCACUAAAGAGGAGGAGAAGCACAGAAUGGAUAAAAUGGCCCUGGAACUGGAGCUGAAGUGGACAGAGACUCUCAGACAGGAGUGUAAGAAGCUGCGGGAAGAGCUGCGGGAGGAGCAUGAGGAGAGCAAGACAGCUGCGCUGACCCAGCUGGCCCAGAGCAAAGAGCAUGAGCUGGGCAGUGCCCGCGAGAGCUGGCACCGCAAGGUGGAAGACCUACUAGAGCAGAUCUCCCUGCUGAAACAGAGUCUGGAGAUGCAGCUCUCCCAGUCUCAGCACUCCCUGCAGCAGCUGCAGGCCCAGUUCAGCCAGGAGAGGGAGCACCUGGGUCAGCAGCUACAGGAGCUGGAGCUGGAGCACCAGCGCAGGGAGGAGCGGCUUCACGAGGCCCACUGCUGCACCAUCCAGGACAUGCAGGAGGCGCGCCAGCAUGACCUCAAGGAGCUGGAGGAGCGUCUCCGGCAGCAGCACCACCUGGAGCUCCAGUCUCUGAGAGAAGUCCACAGGCAGAAUCUGGAGACGCUGAAGCAGCAGUCUGAGCAGGAGCUGCAAACACUUCGCUUCGAGCUGGAGGACGAGGGCAAAGCCAUGCUGGCCUCCCUGCGUUCCGAGCUGAACCACCUCCACGCGUCGGCCAUAGAGCACCUCCGGCAGACCCAUCAGCAGGAAGCGGCAGCCGCUAAGCAGGAGCUGGAGGACGCUCUGGAGCGGAGCAGGACACAGGAGCGGGAGCUUUUGACUUGUAUCUCAGACCUGCAGGAGGAAGUGACCCGCAGGAAGAACCACAUCGCAGAUCUGGACCAUGAGAUCCACACCCUGAAUGAGAACAUCAGCACACUCACCAAAGAGCUGGAGCUCAAGGGCAAAGAAGUGCUGAAAAUACGCAGCGAAGCCAACCAGCAGAUCAGGGCUCAUGAGCAGGACCUGUGUAAGAAACAUGAGAGGGACAUGGCAGAGCUAAACGCACUGCACCACAGAGAGACGCAGAACAUGCUCUCCGACUUCAACAAGGCUCAGGAGCUGCUCAAGGACAAAAUCUCGGCCCUGCAGAUCCUGCUGGAGGGCACAGAGGAGAAGUUCCGGAACCGAGAGAGCAGGCCGGAAGACCUGCAGAUGAUUGCCGAGCUCAAGGAAAUGGUGACGGAGAGGGAGACCUUGGUCAAGAAGCUGGUGGAUGACAAAAAGUUCUACCAGCUAGAACUGGUGAACAGAGAGACCAACUUCAACAAAGUGUUCAACACCAGCCCCAAUGUUGGUGUGAUUAACCCUCUUAUCAAGCAAAAGCGAAAGAAUGACAAAUCGGCCAACCGAUUCAGCAGUUCGCCCAAUCUAAGGGCCAAUGCGGAGGCUUCGGGGGCAGGGAGCAGCCAGCCCCAACCCAGUCGCCUCCAGCCCAUCCCCAACUCCCCCAUUCACCAGCUGGAGCUCAACACCAGCAAACCACUGCCCCCUCCGACCCCUCCCACCGAGUCCAAGAAAUUCAUGAGCCCUCCUGAGACGGAAGAGUCGCCCGUAGCCUCCCCAGACCCACAAAGACAAGAGUGGUUCGCCCAGUACUUCACCUUCUGACUUUUAGGAACGCAAAAGCAUGUCAGCCAAACCAAAAAAAAAGGGAAAAAAUAGAAAAAAAUAUAUAUAUAUAUUCAUCUUUACAUCAUUACAUUUUUUUAACAUUUUUUUUUUCUCCACUGUGAAUGAGUUUCUUGUUUGUACAGUGACUAUAGGUUUGACGUUGCAUUUAAUGCCGUUUCUAAAGAGUGGUGCAAAUGCUGCUAAUUAUUAGUUAAAUGCAGUAUAGAGUAUUGUCUUCUCUAUGUAUUACUUUAGAAUGGCACCGUAAUGAGAGUUUGUUAAAGCUGCAUAACCACUUUUGGUAGAAUUACACUGUUUGUAUGGUUGUCUCAACACAGAUUCAAUGAUGUCUCACCAAUUUUAAAAACAAAAUGCAUAUUUUAUAUUUAUAUUAUAUUGUAUGUAUGCUUAAAGAAUAAAUAAUUAUUGUGACAUUUAAGGAUAGCGUGUCACGUCAGUCAUGCUGGUGAACUCCAUCACUGGUGUAAAGGGGUGUUUGAAUUUCUUCUGGCUGUAGUUUCGAGUUUCGAAAGCGUUACCUUGGAAUGUACCAUGUGCGGUGCUGCAUAGGUUGACCGUCAAAUCGUUGUACCAGGAACAAUUGCAGAGCAACAUUAAAGUCGUGUAAAAUAUAUUACAUGCAAUCUAAAAGUGUAACAUGUGUAACAUCAUAUUAGAUAUUUAUCCAGAAAGUCUUAAAUUCUUGUUAUGAUUUGUAUUUUUCCAUGUACGUCCCCUAAAAGCGGGACGAUGUAGAAUUAAGCGCCAAAUCUAAAACGCGUCUACAAACUGAGACGUUGAAAAUUACAAGGAGUGACUGUGUGGCUAACGUGCCCACUCGCCGUUGUGAAAAUGUCUACUGUGUCGUACCUACUUUGUGAAAUUGAUGUGGGCCUAACUUGAACCCACCGGGAAAGGUAUCGGUAGGAAUCUGCUGCCAGG